UUCUCUACUUCAACGCCCAGAGUAAUGACGUGUCAAGAAAGUGCCGGAAGAGCCGAUCUGUCCAAGAUGGCUUACCAAACGUUUCAACAGGAAUAUUUUCAGAUUCCUGUUGUGACCAGGGCAUAUACUACCGCCUGUGUUCUCACAACCGCCGCUGUGCAACUGGAACUAAUCACACCGUUCCAGUUAUACUUCAAUCCCGAUUUGAUAUUGAAACAUUAUCAGGUAUGGCGGCUCAUAACCAAUUUUCUGUUUUUUGGUCCUGUUGGUUUCAACUUUCUUUUCAAUAUGAUUUUUUUAUAUCGGUACUGCCGGAUGCUGGAGGAGGGCUCAUUUAGAGGUCGCACUGCUGACUUUGUGUUCAUGUUCCUCUUUGGUGGUGUCCUCAUGACCAUAUUUGGCACCUUUGUUAGCCUUGUGUUCCUGGGCCAAGCUUUCACCAUUAUGCUGGUGUACGUGUGGAGCCGACGCAACCCUAAUGUUCGCAUGAACUUCUUCGGCCUACUAAACUUCCAGGCCCCUUUCCUGCCCUGGGUGCUCAUGGGAUUUUCCCUGCUUCUAGGCAACUCCAUCAUUGUUGACCUUCUAGGCAUUGCUGUAGGACAUGUGUACUACUUUCUGGAGGAUGUCUUCCCAAACCAGCCUGGGGGUGGCAGAUGGCUGAAGACACCCACCCUUCUAAAGAUGUUGUUUGACACUCCUGAAGACGAUGCUAACUAUAACCCUCUCCCAGAGGAGCGCCCAGGUGGCUUUGCCUGGGGUGAGGGACAGCGCCUUGGGGGCUAAACCAGCCUCCCAUCCCUGUGACAGACGUGCGGAUAUUUUCCUCAGAGAGCUAUGGAAGACUCCUUUUCUCUUCUACCCGUUUCUCUUGCUCUGGAUUAAGAGUGUGAAACCCCCUCCUUCUGUGCAGCAGCAGGAUUUGCGGUUGCCUGUGCUCAAGGCAGGCGUCUCCCUCAAGCUGUUGGCCGUAUUGUUCAGACUGUCACUAAAGUUUGUGUGAAAGGGCACCGCAAUGUCAGAACCACACAGGGGACUCUUGAUCAUGGCUGUGUUCAUGUUUCAUCAGUUUUUACUAACCUAUAUGAAGCGAACAAUUACUAGCUGACGAAAAGAGAAGAGGGAAAAACUGGAACUAUUCUGAUCUUCGCAGCCUUUUUUUUUCCAUUUUACUUUUUUAAAGAAUAAAUGUAUGUGAAAAGUAUAAAUGUGGCAAAGGAAAAAGUUUUCUGUCAUUUGUUCUGCAGUAAUGGGAUCAUCCUUUGAUCCGAGUGAUUGCCCAAUUCUCAAAUGAUCUCUCAGAUUGUUUUGGUAUGAAUAUAUCAUCAAGAUCAGUGUUCCACAGUGGUCUAAACUGAAGGUUUACUCCUCCGUUGUAAUACAGUAUAGUAGUACAUAAUCUCAGAAACCUAAUUUGGGGAGUGCUAGUCAGUUCUAAACUCUAAAAUUAUUUAAAAUUGGAGUUAUAAUGUGCUUGUUUUCUUUUUAAUUAUUCAUGGUAAUAAUAAUUUUCAUUGCUGUAGACAUCAUUUUUAUUAGGCUCUAAUUAUGUUGCUGUAAAUCAUUUUGUAAGUUAACUACUCAUCUGAUUAUUGGUUAUCGGGUUCUCAUUAGAACUUUCUUUUCUACUGCGGCAUUCCGAAAGAUGCAGUAUAGAAAAAUGCAUUCCAGUGACCCGUCGGGUUGACAACCACAGGCAAAAUAAUUUUGUCAACUUUGUCUCGUCCAUAAUGAAAAUAUUACAAGCUAAGAUUAAAUCUCUUAACCAAUGCAUUCUCAUUGGAACAUGCUCUCAGAAAAAAAUCAGAAUAUGUAUUGAAUGUGUCAGUUUGAGGAACUGAAAACUUUGAAGAAUUUUGACCUCUGCUUUGUAGGGGGCUCAAAACAUGCAGGAGAUGAGCAUAGCUGUGUUAUAACAGAUAAACAUCGGUGAGGGAAUAUUGGAGGGAGGUCGAUGACCUGCUGAUGAACAAGUGACUUCAAACAACACCGUUAAACUGCUUCUGGAAUUGUUAAUGCAUUCAUCAAUGCGUCCCACGACAACGUAGUACCGUUGUUUUUGUGUUCUCAUGCCAGUCCUAUAGGAACUUACAAAGUCACUGAUUUUAGAUGAUUCAUCAUGCAGUUUGAAAUUGAUAAUUGGUUUGCCAUGUUUUUAAUCAAAAGAAGGUGUGAAUUUGUUUUACAAUUAAGACUCGCUUUAAAGCGUCAGGGAUAACGACAAAGAGAAUCAUUGCAUUUUAUAUGGAGCGUGAAACGGUGUUAUUUAUUUUUCUGCUUCCAGGUUUAUGUACUGUUCAGUUGAUUGGCCAGUCUGGAACACUUCUAGUUCAUUAUCUCUACUGAAGUUAAAAUAUGCCUUUAAUUUUUAUUUAUUUGGCCUCUGUCUUCUGCCCUCAGGUGGUUAAUUAGGGUACUGUUAAGAAAAUGAAGAAACUCCCGCAGUGCUGUGCUGUCUUCUACAAAUGGUUGGCAUUUUAUACAACAAAGGGUUUGGAGAAAUACUGUAUAUUAAAUCUUUAUGCUGGU